GGAGAAGAAGAAGAGAGUGGUGGGCAAACGCGACGCGCGCCUGAGAACAGCGGGGCCCUGUAGGUGGUGGUGGUGGAGGCUGCAAUGGAUCCGAUCAAGCAGGAUGAGAUCAAACGAAUAGCCAGACAAAUUAGCAAUCAGUCCCUUCAGUUGAAAGGCAUCGUUGACUCGCUACUCCAAAAGCGGGGAUCCGCCAGCAGAUCUGAAGAGGCAGAUGAUGACUAUGAAACCCAAAUUAGCACCACCACUCACUUCUCCCGUGGCGGAAGGCCGAUUACGCCACAGCGGGUCAUGAUACAGGAUGACUACGACCAAGUUGCUCCUCCACCGCAACCACCUCGUCAAAAGUCCAGAGACCAGAUCGUCGCGGAGCAACGUAGCAGACAUAACUUGGGCGAUUACUUCAAGCGCCUAGCGACCCAGAUGGAUUUGUUGGCCGACUCGCUAAAGCCCGAGCCGCCCACCGCGGCAGCUCCGAUGCCCGGUAUUCUUCUGUCCCAGGAACCACAGGACGCCGUAGGCUACUUGCCUAGCGGUCCAGUAAAUGUGGUUUCCCCAGCAAUGCCCCCUGUUAUGCAAAUACAAGCGCAGGCGUCCCACGAAAGAUUAGCACAGGCUAUGGCAGCGCAGACCAGAGCAAUGCAAGCUCAAGCAAUUGCAGCACAAGCGAUCGCUUCGCAAGGUAUAGGUGCUGCUCCGCAGGUGACCCCUGGCAUGAUGCCACCUGGUAUGAUGCCGCCGGGUAUGAUGCCACCGGGUAUGAUGGGUCCAGGUAUGAUGGGUCCAGGUAUGAUGGGCCCAGGGAUGAUGGGACCAGGAAUGAUGGGCCAGGGCAUGAUGGGAUCAGGAACGAUGUGCCCGGGCAUGAUGGGACAGGGAAUGAUGGGACCAGGCAUGAUGGGACCGGGCAUGAUGGGACCGGGCAUGAUGGGACCGGGCAUGAUGGGACCGGGCAUGAUGGGACCGGGCAUGAUGGGACCGGGCAUGAUGGGACCGGGCAUGAUGGGACCGGGCAUGAUGGGACCAGGCAUGGUGCGUCCCUCCGGAGGAGAACCGGAAGCUGCACGCAAAAGUUCCUCGGAAACGAGAAACCGAACGAAGCCUUUGUACUCUGGAAUAAGCAAAUUAACCGAUGACAUGCAAGUCGUAAGCGGCUUGUUCAAGGAAGCCUUGGGUGUCGUCCCCGCCGAGACGAGGUUGACAACGGCGGAGCAAGAGGAAAUUCGAUUUUGUCUAGAUAGAUUAACGAGGAAUAUGGAGAAUAUGACGAAUGAUCUGCGUCAGACCAUGUUGACCACAACGGGCGGAGCGCCGGCUGCAAAGGACGAAAAGAAAGACAAGGAAAAGGAAGGCAAAAAGAAGGGCGACAGUGAAAAGGAUUUCGAGAGUGAGGAGGAUGCCGGAGGAAAGCGAGGAGGGAAAAAAGGAGGAAAAGGAGGAAGAGACGAAGAAGAGGAAGAGGAUUAUUGAGAAAUUGGGGGCAGGAUGAGAUGCAGAGUACCAACAAUUCCAUUUGGAUUAAAUUGGUUUUCAUUGAAUUGGAUUAAAUUGGAUUGUGCAUUAAAAUUUCCCGCUCUGGCAGAAA